AAGAUGCCCAGUGUAACCACUGCCUCAUUUUAUCUCUUCCUGAUUCUCGCCUUGACCAUCCAAUUCUUGCUCCCGUCGCCCCCAGCUAAAAUGGCCUCGCCCAACAAGCCGUGGGCCGACACGCCGUGUAAACUCGUCACGACGCCGCAAUAUGCCACGAAAAAAACCGACAUUUUCUCCACCGGCGCAACACACAUGGCGCACAUCCACAACGCUAUUCUGCGCGGCUUCAACUCGAUCUACCUGCAGGCGCCGCACGUGCUGGAUGCGGAUAAAGCGCCGUUUUUGGGUUACGCGCUGACGUGGUACCGGUUUGUGAAGAGCCAUCAUGAUGAUGAGGAGGAGGAGUUGUUUCCGGCUGUGGCGCGGGUGCUGGGGGAUGAGCGUGUUUGGAGGGAGACGCAUAGGGAACAUGAAGCCUUCCUAGAUGGUCUCGCGCAAUACGAAGACUACCUAAACAGCGUAUCCGGCACGCCUAGCGCCUUCAACGGCACGCAGCUGCAAGCGAUAAUGGCCUUGUUCCAAGAGGCCUUUUGCACGCAUUUCCACAGCGAAAUCAGCACCAUUGCCGCCUUUGCAGAGCACCCGUCCGCACCAGCGCCGCACAGCGCCGACGCGGAAAACGCAGCCGCCGUGUUCAAAGCGUGGGGCAAGAAGACGGUCAUGAAGGCUGGGACCCUCGACGUCGUCCCGUUUUUCCUGCUCAAUCUCGAUGCUGAGUAUGAGGACGGCUUGUGGGCGGAUUGGCCGCCCAUGCCUAGACCGGUGCGCUGGGGCUUGGUGAAUGUGGGUGGGAGCGUGCACUGGUCGUGGUGGAAGUUUGCGAGCUGCGAUGCGAGUGGGAAACGGAGGGAGUUGUAUGCGCUGGGACAAGGGGAGAGUAAUAAAUAGUAACGUGUUUGGUACGGGAAUUCGUGGUGCAGUUUCUCCAUGUUUCGUGCUCCAGACUCGUUUCCCGUAGUGCUGAAUGGAAAGGGGAAACAAAAGUAUCGGGGGCGGUGGUGAUAAUACAAUAACGAAUUGAUAAGUUUCCAA